AUGGCUGUGGGGGUGCAGGUGGAACGCGGGAAAAUCAGACGCUUCCUCCGCCCUCCCCCACCCCCCUCUGCAGGGCAACUGCAGCUCCUGGACUCCGGCUUCCUGCAGGACACCCUGCAGCUGAUCAGCAACGGCAAGACGUUCACGAGGGUGGACGAGCCGCUGAGCUGGCCGGACGCACUGCGCAUCUGCCGGCUGUACAUGACGGACCUGGCAGACUUAGAGAGCUCGAGCAGCCUGUUCAGCCUCGUGAAACUGUACCAGACCACGGACAGCCCGGCCGCCUGGAUCGGCCUCUUCUUCGACGUGGCCACGCAGCAGCUGGCCUGGUCCAGCGGCUCCAUCUUCAGUGGCCUCCAGUGGGGCCAGCUGCCCCACUUCGAGGCAGGCAUCUGCGCCACGCUGUCCUCCACCAUGGGCAUGCCCACCCUGGGCGCCGACGCCUGCACGGCGAGGAAACCAUUCAUCUGCUACUACGGUGCGUCCUCAGACGAGAAGGUGGGACAUCGCCUCACCACCGGGCCGCCCCCCAUCCUGACCACCUAUCCCCCACCAGCCCUCCCGCCCCUGCACACUUACUUGCCCGUGAGCCGGUUCCAGGCCCCGAAAGACCCAAGUCUGCUGCAGCUUGCGGUAUGCCAGCUCGCUCCCCUCUUCCUCCCACGCCCAGUGACGGUGCAGGUGGGCGGCCGGACCUUCCUGCGGUUCGAGCAGUCGCUCCCGUGGCUCGAGGCCCUGGUCUUCUGUCGCGGCCACUGCACGGACCUGGCCGACCUGCCGGUGCUGGACAAGGCCGGCCUGGACGCGCUGGCACCCAUCACCUGGGAGCUGCCCCAGGCCUGGGUCGGCCUCUACUUCAGCGCCGCCUCCAACGCCCCGAGCUGGUCCAGCGACCCGGGGGAUGGUGACGCCCGCAGCUCGCUGCUGGAAGUGCCCAUGAUGGGGGCAGGGCUGUGCGGGGGGCUGGGGAACUUCCGGGGCUUCGGGCUGCGCCUCUACGUGACCAGCUGCUCCAUGCGCCGACCCUUCAUCUGCUUCUACGUUCCUCUGGCAACUGAGCACAACGCCAAGGGCAUGCAGUUCCUGUCUGGGCCGGACAGUGUCUCUUGUGUGGGUGGCACCUCCGGUCCUGCCCUAGGGAACCCGGCGGUGGCUGCAGAGACCCCGGCUCCUGCUUUGGACAAGACCAUCACGGUCAGUGAGCCCCUGGGGGGCGCCCAGAUCCCCUGGGAAGCGUUCGAGCCGCCAUGGCUGCCUGCGUCCACACCGCCUGCCCCCCCAGUGGGCAGUACCGGCCUCCAGGAAGAAGCAGCGGGGACCCCCCCUGCGCCCACAGCCAGUCCAGGGGUCACCGAGCCCCGCCCGAAGGACCCGGGGACCCCCGACAAGUCGGUCACUCGCUGGACGGCGACCCAGGCAGCCACCGUCCUCCCAUCCCGCAGCCCUGGACCCCCCGAGACCCCCCAGAGCAGCAGUGCACGGCCAGAGGGGGCGACACAGAGCCCCACGGAGGACCCACGGCUCAGGAAAGCCCUGACCAGGACCGCGGGGGACGCUGAUGGGAGACACACAGCGCCGGCCUCUGGGGUCCAAGAGCACAGCACCCUCGAGUCUCCGCCAGAGCCAGAGAGACGCUUCGGCAUCCUGAGGGCGGACUUCGCCCUGCCGGCCGGUGUGGACCCCGAGGGGCAUAGAGAGCAGCUCCUGCAGGAGAUCCGCUGUGCCCUGCAGCUGACCCUGGGGCCGGAGGCGCUUCGGCUGAAGUGGGUGGCCCUGGAGCACGGUCAGCGGUAG